AUGAUUGAUGUACAGUGCGCGGCGGGGGCGGGCGUGUUCGAGCUGCAGAUUCUCGAGUUUUCCAACUACCGACUGCAGCUGGCGUCGGGUGCGUGUUGCGGCGGCUCUUCCGCGCCGCCGCCCGCCCUUACUACCGCUCUCGCCCCAGCUCCAGCCCCAGACGUGGGUGGAGCAGGGGCGGGGGUGGCGUUGGUGGGGGCGGGUGGAUCCUGCGCGCAUCCGUGUCGCACGCGCUUCGCGCUGUGCCUCAAGGAGUACCAGUCCGCCGCCGCGCCCGGAGCCUGCUCGUUUGGACGAGCAGCUUCGCCUGUCCUAGGAACGGAUUCUUUCACGCUAGCAGACCCGCUCUACACUCUGUCUCUACCUUUCUCAUUCCGAUGGACUCGAUCCUUCACACUCAUUUUGCAAGCAUACGAUGACUACAAUUACACAAAUCCCGAGGAGACGGGCCUGAUCGAGGAGGCGUGGUGGUCGGGCAUCGUGGAGCCGGGCGCGGAGUGGCACGCGCUGCGGCACGCGGGCGCAGCGGCUGCCGUGGCGUACCGCGUGCGCGUUACGUGCCAGCCCAACUACUACAACACCACCUGUACCACCUUCUGCCGCCCGCGUGACGACAAGUUCGGUCACUACUCCUGCUCCGUCACUGGCGACAAGCGCUGUCUGCCCGGCUGGCAGGGCGACAACUGCGAAAAACCUGUUUGCAAAGAAGGCUGUCAUCCGACUCAUGGAAGAUGCGAUAAACCCGGCGAGUGCCUCUGUCGUCCAGGCUGGCGAGGAGAUCUCUGCUCCCAAUGCCAACCCUAUCCUGGCUGUAAGCACGGCUACUGCAACGGCUCCUCUUGGGAUUGUACUUGUGAUACUAAUUGGGGAGGGAUUCUUUGCGACCAAGAUCUCAACUACUGCGGUACGCAUGAGCCUUGCCAACACGGUGGCACGUGCGAGAACACUGCGCCGGACCAGUACCUGUGCACGUGCGCGGAGGGCUUCUCGGGCGUGGACUGCGAGCGCGUGGACAACCCAUGCGCGCCGCAGCCGUGCGCGCACGGCGCGUGCUCGCUAGCGGCCGCGCCGGCCGGCUUCGCGUGCGCCUGCGAGCGCGGCUGGACCGGCGCGCGCUGCGACGCCGAUGUGGACGACUGCGCCAGCGCACCCUGCCGCAAUGGCGCCCUCUGCCGUGACCGCCUCGACGCCUUUCAGUGCGAAUGCGCCUCGGGCUGGGCCGGACCUACUUGCUCCGAAGAUAUUAACGAGUGUGCGGAGAAUAGCGCCGCAGAAGGUGCACUUGGACCCUGUGUGAAUGCGGCGGCAUGCAAUAACACGGCCGGGGGAUACGCUUGUACGUGUCUGGCUGGCUGGACGGGACGUGACUGUGAAUUAAACGUUGAUGACUGCACUGGCCAAUGUCUAAAUGGAGCUACAUGUAUUGACUUAGUAGACGACUUCCACUGUGCGUGCGCAGCAGGCUAUGCGGGGAGGACCUGUGCCCGAGACGUGGACGACUGCGCUUCUAGACCUUGUCGUAAUGGUGGCGAGUGUGUGGACCUUCUCGACGCCUACCGAUGUAUAUGUCCUGUUGGAUUCUCAGGCACGGAUUGCGAGCUUACCUCCUGUUCGGGACGCUACUGCUGGGAUGAUCGCGACCACUGCGCCGGCUCGCCGUGCGCUAAUGGCGCGCCCUGCUACACGGCGCAGAGCGACUACUACUGCCACUGCGCUCCCGGCUGGACCGGCAAGAAUUGCACACAGCGCGCUGCAAGAGACCAAGUUGAUGAGUGCUCUCCCAAUCCCUGUCACAACAACGGUAGCUGUGUGACCAGUCCAACGGGCUUUACGUGCAUCUGUAUGGAGGGUUGGUCUGGAGAAACGUGUACAAUGCGAGCGGAGCUACGCUGUGAACUCCACUGUGUGAACGGUGGUACUUGUGUACGUGACCUGCUGCCUACUUCAUCAGUGGCCGCUGUGGUCACGACCGCCGCUCACUGUGUCUGCCCGCCCGGCUGGGCUGGUACCAUUUGCGAUUUACCUAUAACUCCUCCUGUCAAUGUGGCACCGAUAGUGACAAGUCCAGUUCAAACUGCAAUAGUACCAAUAAACACCGGUUCUGGAGGGGUACCUUGUACUUGUCUUCAUGGAGGAUCAUGUAUAGCUGUGGGUGGUGGCGCAGGCACUUGGGCGUGCGCAUGUCGGGCGGGUUGGGGCGGCGCUCGCUGUGAGCGGGCCGCAGACGGCUGUGUAUCAUCACCGUGUCGCAACGGCGGGCGCUGUGUAGGGGGUUCCGGAUGGUGGGCUUGUGAAUGUGCCUCUGGGUGGACUGGCACAGAUUGCUCGACGUCGACUUGUGACCCUCCUUGCCCUUCCUCCGCGACCUGCACUACUACUGGCUCAGUCGCACGUUGUGUUUGUCCACCUCCUCCGGCAAGACUCGCUAGACGCUGUCUCGAAUUGAUUGCCGGACUCGGAGCUGAGAGUGGCGAAGCAAUCGAAGGCACCGAUAGCGGAGUCGAGGGCGCAGCGGAAUCUGGUGACACGCCUGGUGCGUGUGGCGCCGACAAUGGAACGUGGUGGUGGGGCUGCAAUGCGUGCCGCUGCGUGGCCGGGGCGCCUGCUUGUACGCGCUUGUGGUGUGGUCUGCCCGACUGCUUGGCACCCGCAGCCUUACCUUGCCGCACCGAUGAGGUGUGCGUUCCUGCGGCUCCAGCCUUAUGUCUCCGAGCGCCGUGCUCUCCGCUGGGUGAGUGCCGCCGCGUGUCGGGGCGGCGCGUGGAACCGCCCGCGCUGCCAGCACCGGGCGCGUGCUGGCCGGGUGCGCGCUCGCCGCCACCGCCCGGCUGCGCGCGCGCCUCCCUGCGCCUGGCGCGCGAGCGGCUGGCUCGCGGAGCGCACGUCGAGCGCGCCUGCGUGGCGCUGCGCCGAGCGCUUGCGGCCGCUCUUGCUGACCGCGCUCCGCCUGCCCCACCGCUGACGCUGCUCUGUGAUCUAGCACCUGACGAUGAUGAUGCACUUGAUCUCGCUUUGUGGGCAGGUGAGGAAGAAGACGCUGAGGGUGCCAGUGCUCUCGCGGCCGCCGUGCGAGCCCUUAGUGAACUCGUGGCUCGCCGACGUUUGGCGCAUCACCCAUUACUGGCGGCCGCGCUACGGCUGCGCGUCGAGCACGGCGCAUCGCCCACACCACGGGCUGCCCCGGCGGAGGCAUCGGGCGGAGCGGGCGGGGCCAGCGGGGCUGCGCUGGCAAUGGGGGCGGGUGCGGCGCUGCUGCUGCUGGGCGGUGCGGCGGGCGGUUUUCUGUACGUGCGCCGGCGCCGGGCCUCCGCCGCCGCCGAGCGCUCGCGGCGCCGCGACGAGGAGAAGUCCAACAACUUGCAGAACGAAGAGAACCUGCGCCGCUACGCCAACCCGCUGCGGCCGGAACGGCACGGCGAGGCGCUCGGACGGCUGGCGGAGCGACCGGCGGACGAGCUGCCGCGCGCGCACUCGCUGUACAAGGCGCAGAACGCGGACGCGCGCAACAACACGCCGCCGCGCGACAAGGAGCUGACCAAGCGCGCGUUGCCGCCGCCCGAGCCUCCGCCCGCGCGCCACCCGCCGCCCGAGCGCCUCACCGUGCUCGUC